AUGUGGAAGCCGCGCGUUAAUUUUAUCGCCCUGCAUUAUGCAUAUAUCAUCUUUCUGGGUCUCCUAGGAUUGGUUGUCCUCUAUCCAUAUGGCAAUCUCCGCGCGAUUGAUUCCUACUUCUUCGGGGUCAGCUCUUCGACCGAAUCAGGAUUGAACACUGUCGAUGUAAAGGAUCUGAAGCUUUACCAGCAGCUUUUCAUCUACUUCGUUCCGAUAGCCUCGAACAUCGCAUUCAUCAACAUCCUAGUGGUCGUUGUACGUCUGUACUGGUUCGAGAAACGACUGAAAGAGAUUGCACCUGGUGUCCUUGAUCGAAAGAAUGGUUCGUUCGACUGUAGAGAUGAAUACCAUGACGAGGAAGCGCAUCCGAGGGUGAUGAGUGGACCUUUCACAUCGGGAAAUGGGCAAGCCAAAUCAACGGAGAUGGAAGAUGUUGAUGACAACGAGCGCUCUGUCAGUUUGAAGAUUGGGCACUUAGUACCAGAUGGGCCCAGAAACAACGGCAAUGAAUGCUCUGAGAACGACGGUUCGAAGUCCAACAAUCUCAAUUUUCCACGGAGCAUCUCCUUUGCGGAUCCUAACAAGGCGCUCUACAUUCCUUCACCGUGGGAGCGUGAUAGAGGGGUGCCCAUAGCAGAGGUCCAGAGAGGCCCGAGCAGAGAUGGAAUUGAGGAUGUCGACGAGGACGUCGAAACAAACCACGGGGACUCUGGUGAUACCAAUCAGCUAUCCAGAAAGAUCUCGGGUACCUCCGGUAGGCCAUUCGAAAGGGUAGCCUCGACCUUAUUCGUGUUUGGGCGACACCCUAGUAGAGCUCGAGAACCAUCGCUCCGGCCAGCUAUCUCUCUCUCCAAGGAUGCAAACCUGCCAGAGCUCUCCGCACAAGCGACCCUGGGUAGGAAUUCGCAAUUCUACAAUUUAACUGCCGCAGAUCGAGAGCGACUAGGUGGCAUCGAGUAUCGAAGCCUGAAGCUACUCCUGAAAAUCGUUAUCGGCUAUCUUGCUGGUCUCCAUGUGAUUGGCAUGGUAUGUCUCGUCGCCUGGAUUAUGCAUGCAAAUGCCAAGUAUCGGGACUACCUCGAUGAAUGCGGACAGGAUAAGAUCUGGUGGGCAAUCUACUCAGCACAGACAAUGGUCAGCAACCUGGGAUAUACUCUCACUCCGGAUUCCAUGAUAUCAUUCAAUGAUGCUGUCUUCCCCAUGUUGCUCAUGAGCUUUCUCGCUUAUGCUGGUAACACACUAUAUCCUUGCUUCUUGCGGCUUGUCAUCUGGAUCAUGUUCAAGUGUGUUCCCGAGGAUGCUUCUCUGAAGGAGCCACUCGGUUUCCUGCUGAAGUAUCCUCGUCGGUGCUAUCUGCUUCUCUUCCGUAGUAGGCCGACAUGGAUCCUUUUCGGCAUCAUAUUUGUCUUGAACUUCGUCGACGUCAUCUUGAUCCUGGUUCUUGAUCUCAACAACCCUGCAGUGAGUGAUUUAGCACCCGGCCCUCGAAUUGCGGCGGCCAUUUUUCAAUCCGCAUCUUCACGGCACACGGGAACGGCGUCUUUCAAUCUUGCGGACGUGAAUCCAGCAGUCCAAAUUAGCUUACUUGUCAUGAUGUAUAUUUCGGUAUUUCCGAUUGCGAUCAGUGUACGAGCGUCCAACAUAUACGAAGAAAAAGCGGUUGGGGUAUUCUCACGGGACCCGGAGAUGGAUGAAAGUAAUGGCAGGAAAUAUGUUUUGACGCACAUGCGAAACCAGCUCAGCUUUGACUUGUGGUACAUUUUCCUUGGGAUCCUGUGCAUCUGCAUUGCAGAGUCGCAGAAAAUCAUGGACCCAGCCAUGCCGGCCUUUUCCGUGUUUGCGAUAUUCUUCGAGGUGGUCUCUGCCUAUGGAAACGUCGGGCUAAGUCUAGGAUACCCGACCGUCUCCACCUCGUUCAGCGGCCAGUUCGGCAUCUUCAGUAAAAUUGUCAUCUGCGCCAUGAUGAUUCGCGGGAGGCACCGUGGACUGCCAUACCAGCUCGACCGAGCGAUUUUACUUCCCAGUGAGCGACUUGUCGAAGAUGAUAAGGUCGCAAGCCGGCCUGAUAUCCCACUGCCACGCAUCCGAAGCAUGGACCCCAUGGACAGCAGACACCUGAAGAUGAAGCGAUAUCAUACGAGAUAA